ACUGGACAUAUUAUGUAAAUAGCAAAAUGAACCUUAUGCUGUUUUGUCUGUUAAACGUUACAGAUUUCAUACCGAGUCACGGAUUGCUGUCUGCAGUAUGACAAAUUCAAGGUCAUGAAUACCUAAUCAAAUUGGAAGAUGGGGAUGGGGAGAUUUACCAGUACCCAGCCUGUGUCUCUCGUCGUUUCCAAGAAGGCAGAAUAAGGUCAUACUGACGGUGUAAAAUGCAGGUAGAACCAUUGGAUUUGUGCUAUUCACAGCCGAACCUAUACAGACUCUGUGAUAGAGUUAUUUGUAUCCCUUGGGAUAAAAAAUGCCCAGUGGAAACACAAACCCGUGCAGUGACAGAGAAUUUAAGUAAAGUUAAUUCUUCUGUGGAAGAGGGGUUACCUAUUCCUGUGGUGGUUACUAUAGCGUCCGUCUGUGUGUUUGUUUGUAUUCUUAUGGCCAUUCUGCUGUAUAUCUUUAUCACGAGGAGACAGAAAAAUAACACGUCCAGGGAAUCCCAGUCAGCAAAAGAACCAUUACGAACGAGUUACAUAACCCCUGGUAUUGAAGCUGCACCUUUAUACAGCAAAUCAAACGAGAUGUCAAAAGGAAAAACUGACAGCUCUAGAAAACUUAAGCCGACGCAUUACCUGCCUGUGAACAGUGAAUGCAAUGACAAUUAUUUUCAGGUAAAUAACCAUGAACAAACAUAUGAAGGAAAUUACCUUAAAACUGAUGAUUCUGGAAAUUCCCAUGACAAUUGUAGAAGAAACUUGGCCAUUAAUCCUGGUGUUGAAAUAUAUAGCAAUGAAUCAAGGGUACAUGGUUUAGGGAAAUACACAUUUAAGCCAAGAUUAAAGUAUAUGAACAGCAAACCUUACAAUGAAAUGGAGGAGAAAGACAGAGAUAAAUUGUAUGUGAUAAAUAGUUAUAAACAUUGCUCUGGAAAAAGUGUUUUGCCAUCGACCUUGACCUUUGACAAGGAUCCUGAGAAGUUUUCAAACAAGUUUGCUACAGAUCUAUUAUGUUCAUCUACUCCAAGACAACCAGCCAAGCAUUUUGUCCAGAAUGGUGUGGCAGGGUCUCUGGAGAGUAUAACAGCUCAAAGUGAUAUUGCAAUUACAUAGUUUCUGUCAUGCAAACAGUUCCGAGGAUACAAGAAUUUAAGUAUUUCUAGCAUUGCAGGAAAUCAAUACAUGAUUUUUGACAUUGCAAAAUAGAUAUUGAAAUUACAUUAUUUCUAACAUUCAAAGAAAUCAAAGUGAUGUCAAAAUUACAUAAGUUUUUUGUAAAAAUGAUACUGAAAUUCAUUUUUAUGACAUUUCAUAAAUUGAAUAAAAAAAAAGA